AUGCUGGAAUGGAUAUCGCCUUGUGCGUGCCGCCGUGGUGCAGAGCCCCCGUCUGGGACCGAUGGGACAUGUUGCCCCGACGCACUUCAGCCGGCUACACAAUUUUUGGCUGCUCAGGCUUCCUCAAAUUCAUCGUUCAUGUACAGGCAGUUAGCUAACGCUCUCUGCUGUGUGACCGGGUCUUGGCGACACUGUGCUCGUCUUUGUGCACAAUGGUCCGAGUCCGGAGGCAGGGCUCGAAGGCUGUCACACAGUUUGGUGGGCUUGGUGCGGGUUGUGCCCCCUGCAUUGCACCUCGGGGUGCCUUCGGCGCUGCUACCUGGGUGGUAUGCGCUUGCCUUUAAUUGGCACCGGUCCUUGCCAGACCUCGUGCUUGCAUGUUUUUACGUCAUGGACACUGCACAUCUGCGCUGGCUGCUUCUGCCUGUUCGGCCCUACUUCGGAGGUCCAGUGCUGGAGAGGUGGGAUUCCAUGCGGCCCAUCUUGAUGACACUUCGAGAUGGUUUUGCCAGUCCUCAAAGGGGUCUGGAUGCAUGA